AUGGCACCACCACCACCACCGCAUGGACCACCAUCGCCAGGUCCUCCACGUCGACCAUUAAUUAAGGUGGAACUCAUUCCACCAUGGCGUCGACGAAAAAACCACCACCAUCACCCACCGCCACCACCACCCAAUCAACCAGUCGUGGUAGUUGUGCCACCAGCACAACCUCCGCCACCACCAUAUGGAAGUGGUUACUACCCACCACCACCAGGACCGCCACCGCCGGGACACUAUCACAAUCCACCGCAUUAUUAA